AUGACGACAACAGAAAAUGAUAAGUCAGAAUACAUUGACGUUGGUACAGUUUACACUUCUCCAGGUCAUGAUCCACCUUUAGGGGCCACUCGGAUCGAAAUUCGUUCCGGUCGUAUUGUCUCUCUUCGUUCAUUAUCUGUUGAAGACUUGCAACCAGAAGCAAAGCAUCUUCUUGCUCUACCGGCUAUCUCUAACGCUCAUGACCAUGGUUGCGGUCUACCUACGCUCUCUUUCGACGCACCUGAUGAAACACUUGAAACAUGGCUCCCAGCUCUUUCUUAUAAGCCUCGUACUGAUCCAUACGUACUCGCUACAGUGGCAUUUGCACGUAUGGCCGAGAGUGGCAUAUGUGCCACGAAUCAUUGUCACAAUACUCUAGAUCCUAAGCUUCUAUUCAAUGAAGCGGAAGCAGUAUCACGUGCUGCUCGUGAUGUUGGCAUCCGUGUUGCUUUUGCUGUACCAUUCGUCGAACAAAACUUACAUGUUUACGGAGAAAUCAAAAACCUACUCAAGUUUCUUCCAUCCGAAGAUCAUGCGACUAUACUGAAUUGGUCGACGAAAUUGAAGUCUAUGGUCAAUGAGACAAAAGCACUGUUCGACAGUAUCACGUCAUUGGAGCAUGAAUUUUUUCGCGUACAAUUUGGCCCAGCCGGUCCUGAAUGGCUAUCUGAAGAGACAUUAGCCUUUAUAGCUAAAUGCUCGGCUGAAAGUGGUCGUCGGAUCCAUAUGCAUCUACUUGAAACAAUAUGGCAACGUGAACGAGCAGAUGCUCAGUAUUCACCAGGUGGUUUAAUUGCCCAUCUCGACAACCUUGGCUUGCUCUCACCACGACUUACUAUUGCCCAUGCUGUUCAUUUAACAGAAGAAGAAUGUAAGCUUUUGGCUGAACGUCAAGUUACUGCAUCUGUUAACACCUCGUCGAACCUUCGUCUUCGCUCGGGCUUGGCUCCUGUUCGUUUGUUUCGACGUACAAAUCUUCGCUUUGGUUUGGGUUUAGAUGGAAUGAGCUUCGAUGAUGAUGAUGACAUGCUCAAAGAACUUCGACUUUUUUGGCAUCUACAACGGGGAUUUGGAGGAGAACGAAUACUUAGUGAAGCUGACCUUUUCGAGGCAGCUUGUGUCACCGGAAGAAAGACAAUCGUCGAUGAUGGUGGAGGCCGAGUAGAAGUUGGUGCUCCGGCCGAUAUCAUCAUACUUGAUGUGCGUCGAAUGAUGCAAGAUCGUGUACGACCAUCACCACCGAAAGAUAUGCUCUCGUUAUUAUUGAGUCGAAUGAGCAAGAAAGACAUAGUGAAAGUCAUUAUUGCUGGGCGUACGAUCGUUCAAGAACAUAAUUGUGUAACCGUUGAUCUGUCAGCACUCACUCAGCAACUUUUAGCAGAGGCUCGUAAGAAUACGUCUUGUGAAGAUGAUAACGGACAAAUCGAAAGAAUAAGAACAGCAGUAGAAAAAUUCUAUUGCUGUGGAUUUCAUCGCAUAAAAACAGAAAUAUAA